AGAACGAAUAAAAAACAGCCUGUACUGUCAGCUGUGACCAGCACAUCUCACCUCCCUCCCCCCUCUCUCUCUCCUCCCCUUCUCUCUCCCUCUCCCCUUCUUUUCCACUUUAACACAUUCCCCAUAUCCUCCCUACAAGAUUCAUUCCACUCUCUAAAACUUCCAUUUCACUCUUCCAUUCUCUUCUCUCUUCCUCAAAAUCUGAAAGUUUUUGUGUUUCUCGCCCUGCGUGUGUGCUCAACACCCCUAACCAAAGACAUGACCUCCAUUUACGAGACCUUUCAAAAACGAACCACCUUCAAUAUCCCCUCCAUGAAAAACCACUCCCUCCCCACAUCCCACUCCCCCACCACCACCACCACGAAACCCGUAUCCCACCUCCGCCGCCGCCUCUCCUCCUUCUCCCUGAACCUCCACCCCUCCCCGGACCGGAUCACCUCCACCACCUCGUGGGUCUUCCGCCGGUCCAAAUCGGUCUCCUCGAUGGGCGAGAGCGCGGGGAGCUCGAUCAAGGAGUGGUGGGAGUGGGGAGUGGGCUGGAUCCUGUCGAAGAAGCCCACGUUCGCCAAGGACCUGGAGAUGAACGAGCACGAGUCGUCGUUGCUGGGGUUGAACGCCAAGGGGACGUGGAAGCACGUGUUCUAUAAGGUCAGAUCUGAGUUCAGGAAGCUUGUCGGUGGGGAUAACAACCUUGUUCUACCUCAAACUUUCAGGUACGAUUCGGUGGCUUAUUCGAAAAACUUCGACGACCGGAGGAGCAAAAUGCAAGAUUAAUUCAUUCGAUCGAUCUCCAUCCGAUCUGGGGAUAGUAAUUCGUUCUGGGGGAUAGUACGUACCCACAUAUCUUUGUAAGUAAUUCACCGUGAUUCGGUUCGUAAUUCGUGAAAAAAAAUAAGGCUGUGAAGAUCGAUCGACUCUCCAAAAUGGAUCUAGCUCAACUGCUCAAGCACGUUUUUUGCAUGCCAUAUUUUUCCUUUUUGUUUUCUUUGUAUUUUUUUUUUGGUUAUAAGGGACCUGUAAAUUAGUUGUGUUGCCAUAAAUCUGGGAUUAAUUAAGUUGUACGAGGAUUUAUGAUUAAUUCUUUCAUUUACUUGAUUUGGUUUGUUUAUGUAAUUUUCUUUUAAUUAA